CAAAUUUGAAGUUCAAGGUUGUUCUACGUGGUUUGACCUUGAUGAUGAGGUACGCUCUCGUAGCCUCUGCAAGUCUGAUCCUUUCAUCUAUUAUUGUAUCUAAUACCUACUAUCGAAAAAAGCAGUUUUAUCCGACUGUUGUAUACCUCACCAAUAACCAGCCUUCCCUUUCUAUUCUCCUUUUCCAAUGUGUUGUGAUACUGUUUCUGUUCGUUAGAGCACUCACUUAUGCCUUCUUCGGUCGACUUCAGAGAGCGGAAGUGGAUAACCUUGUUUCUCAGUCAUGGUAUGCAUUCUUCGACAUGUGUUUGGUUUUCGCAUUUUUUCAAAAUGAACUGGGAACUGAAUUCCUAUUCUUGUUUGCCAUACUUUUGUUCGUUCGGGCUUUCCACUGGUUGAUUGAAGAAAGAGUUGAUUAUAUGGAAAGAACGCCUGCUAUCAGUAUCCUGUUCCAUCUGCGAAUUAUGACGCUCAUUACUCUACUUAUGCUUAUUGAUGGAUACUUUAUUAAAACAUCUUAUUGGAGGCCUGCUACCCAUGGGCUCAGUGUUCACUUGGCUUUGGGGGUUGAGUACUUCAUUUUGGUGUUAAGUCUCCUUUCUACUACCAUACGGUAUAUUUUGCACUCAAUCGAUUCUAUGCGAGAACAGUCAUGGAGUAAAAAAGCUACAUAUCUUCUCUAUGUAGAUAUUUUCAUUGGAUUCAUACGGUUGGCUGUAUAUGUUGAAUUCAUGUUCAUUAUGUGGUCAUUACAUCCUUUCCCUCUGUUCAUUGCACGACCAAUCUAUCUUAGCGUUAGAUCACUGAAGAAAGCUAUUCGAGAUGUAUUGAUGUCACGUCGUGCUAUCCGCUAUAUGAACACAGUAUUCCGGGAUGCUACUGCUGAGGAUUUGGCUGCCUCUUCUGAUACUGUUUGCAUAAUUUGCCGUGAAGAUAUGAGUCUUCAGACGGAUAAUACACAACAAGCUGCAACAUCUACUUUGAAAAAAUUGCCCUGUUCUCAUAUUUUCCACGUUUCAUGUUUACGCUCAUGGUUCCAACGUCAACAGACUUGUCCAACUUGUCGUAUGGAUGUUAUUCGAGAAGCUAGAAUGCAAGAAAUGCAAAGACAACAGCCUAAUCGGGCAGCAACCACCAACUCACAGUCAGAGAAUGUACCAACUUCUUCUGGUCAAACUAGUUCAACUGUGGCAUCGUCUCCUGCUGCAGCUAAUAAUCAAAACUUGCAUAUGCCAUGGAUGCCACCUGCUACUGGAUUUCCAUUCUUACCACCAUUUAUGCCACCUACAAGUACUUCUACAACACAAGGUACUCAACCAGUCUUUCCUCCUAUGCCUCCUCCUUUGUAUAUGCCACCUUUUAUGGGUAUGCCUGUAAUAUAUCCUGGUAAUUUAUUUCCUAAUGGAAAUAUUCCUAUGCCAGAUCCACCGACAGGACUGCCUGCAUUAGCUGAUGAAGCUCGCCUACGUGCUAGUAUUGAGGCUCGUUUCACUGCUUUGCGUCAGAUCAGUGUUCUGCUAAAUGCAGCUGUUCUACAGAUGAAUGCUUACCUUAAUGCAGCUAGUUCUUCUUUGAGUGAAUCGGAGAUAAAUGCUUCUUCUACUAGUAAUACUGUUCUCAACUCAGUUGAUGUGCAGUCAAACAAGGAUGAAAAGAAAAGUUCAGAUCAAGAUGCCAAUACACAAGUCGAAUCUGUUGAUGAGAAAGUGAAACCAGAUGAUAAAGAAGAAUUAGAACUUGAAGAAAUUCGUAAACAUCGAUUAGAACAUUUCUGUGGUCAAUCUACAAAUGAUACUGAUGCUGACGGUGGCAAUGACGGUAACGGCGAUAAUGUGAAUGUGUCAACAUCCCAGUCGAUUGAUCAGACUGAUUGAAGUCGACGCGCUUGUAUUCUUCUUAUCUAAAUAAGGCGUUUACUUUGUUUUACUUGUAUGUACGUGUGUGUGUGUAUGACUUCAUGAGUUCUAUGUGUGGUUGGU